AUGGUAGUUUUGCAGGGCGAUUUUUUGUGGCUCGAACGGGGCUCGAGCAGUCGUUUUAGCCUCCCAACUGGAGCACGAAUUGUACAAAUUGAAGGUGACAAAAUGAAAGUUCUGGAUGAUUAUGGACAAGUAAGUGCUUGCCAAGUUUAA